UCACCGGUUUAAAAAAACCUACCAAACUGCUUUAUAAAUCAUCAGUCGUAGAAAGACGAGGAAAUUCUGCGAAUUAGGGUUCCUUCCCGCCUCAUCGCAGAUUUACGCUUCGUUCUCUCAGUAUGUCGGGGAGAGGUCGCAUACCUCGUCAACCUUUUGAUGAUGGUCGCCGUGGGUAUCCGGGCAUUCCGGACGGACCUUAUGCUCGCAGUCAUGUUCCUCGUCCUCCCCAUCCCGCAGUCUUCGAAGAAGAGCUCGAAGCUCAACAUCAUGAGAUUCGGAGGCUGGUAGGUGAUAAUCGCAGGCUUGUUGAGGAUAGAAUGGCCUUUCAGCAGGAACUGGUUGCUGCUAAGGAGGAGAUUCAUCGCUUGAAUAUGAUUAUUGCUGAUAUACGUGCUGAAAAGGAUGCUCAUUCUUCAAAGUUAGUAGAGAAAGGUUUGAAGUUGGAAGCUGAACUGAGGGCUACCGAGCCACUGAGGGAUGAAGUAAUACUGCGUCGGUCUGAAGUCCAAAAGCUUAAUGCCAUGAGACAGGACCUUAACGAGCAGGUCAAGGUACUGACUCAAGAUUUGAAAAUGGCACAAGCUGAGCAUCAGCAAAUACCAGCUUUGAGGUCUGAAAUUGACAGUUUACGGCAGGAGCUUAUGCGAGCAAGGGCUGCAAUUGAUUAUGAGAAAAAAGGAAACGCUGAACUGCUGGAUCAAAGGCAGGCAAUGGAGAAAAACUUGGUUUCAAUGGCCCGUGAAGUUGAAAAGUUACGUGCUGAUCUUGCCAAUAGUGAUGGAAGGCAAUGGGGUGUAGGUGGAGCAUACGGGAUGAAACAUGGCAGUCCUGAAGCAACUUUUGCUCCUCCAUAUGGGGAGGGAUAUGGUGCUAAUUUGGGUGGUGCUGAUAAAGCUCCUCUCUAUGGUGGUGGUGCUGGUUCUUGGGGAGCAUAUGACAAGUCUCGCUUUGGACGUCAUUGAGAUGCUGCUUUAGUUUGUCAUUUGAAUGGAAAAGCUAGCACUUCAUUUUGGCAUUUCCCAUCAAAAUGGGCUAGACCUUUUUUUAGUUUGAUUGGUUGGUGCACACCCCACCAUCAUUCUCGUUUGAGACUUGAGUAUUGUCAUUAUAAACCAACAUAGCUUACUGUUUGUGGUCUAGAUAUGCUUACAUGUUUUAUGUUAUUUUAUGUCUUGCUAUCUAUUAACCAUAUGAGACCUUAGGCUGAGUAAUUACAUCUACAUCUUUGAUGCUUUAUUUUUCCUUUA